AUGGACGACCCCAAAACCCUGGAUCUCGUCAAGGAACUGGUUCUCCGGCUGCUCUCUACUCCCGCCUCCUCCGCCGACCCCAAUCACCCGCCGCAGGACUUCCCGAAGGCUCUCCGCUACGCCCACCGGAUACUCUCCAGCCGCCUGUCGCCGUCCGUCGCCGCUGACGAGUUCGCCAUGGCGGAGUCCGUCAAGCGGCACCUCGUCAAUCAGGGCCGCUCGUCGGAGGCCCUGGCCUUUGCCGACCUCUUCUCAAAGUUCUCCGCCAGAUCCGGCCCCGGCUCGAUCCAGAACCGCUGGUCCGUCCUCUACCUCCUCAAGUCGAUCUCCGAGGAUUGCCGGAAGGCGAGCGGCGGCGGACGUCCAAGAGCUUCGUUCUCCUCCACCGUCUCCGGCGGUCUCCCUUCCCUCCCGCUCGAGCAGUACGGAGGGAGGGUUUCGAGGAAAUCCUACUCCGGCGGCGGAGUUCUGGUGGUCUCCAAGGAUCCGGGCAACAUCAGGGAGAUCGCUCUCCGGGAGUACGCAGAUCUCGUCAGGGAGGAUUCGGCGGUGGCGGAGUCUGCCCUAGUCAAGGACGUCCUCUACGCAGUCCAGGGGAUCGACGGGAAGUAUGUGAGGCACAACACUGUGAUAGAUGCAUACGAUCUUCCCGACUCUCUCAGAGUCCCUGCUUCCACCAGAACGAUGAUCCGGAGGCUCUGCGAGCUCGGCUGGCUUUUCCGGAAGGUGAAAGUGUACAUCUCCGAGUGUAUGGAUGGAUUCACAGCCGAGGACGUUGGGACGAUUGGGCAGGCCUUCUGCGCGGCGCUCCAAGACGAGCUCUCCGAGUACUACAAGCUCCUCGCCGUCCUCGAGUCGCAGUCUUCCAAUCCCAUCCCGCUGCUCUCUGAAACAGGGCCACCGGGGAACUAUCUCUCUCUGAGGAGGCUCGCGGUCUGGUUUGCAGAGCCGACUGUGAGGAUGCGCCUUAUGGCGGUGCUCGUGGACAGCUGCAGAUCCUUGAGGGGCGGUGCCAUGGCCGGAGCAAUCCACGAGCACGCCCAGCACGGGGACCCCUUGGUGCAGGAUUUCAUGGGCCGCCUCCUCCGCAGGGUCUGCUCUCCUCUGUUCGAGAUGGUGCGGAGCUGGGUCCUGGAAGGGGAGCUGGACGACCUAUACGCAGAGUUCUUCAUCGUGAGCCACCCCGUCAAGGCCGAGUCCCUGUGGAGGGAAGGUUACAGGAUCCAGUCCUCGAUGCUGCCCUCCUUCAUCUCCCCAACCCUAGCGAGCAGGAUCUUGAGGACUGGUAAGUCCAUCAACUUCCUCCGUGUAUGCUGCGACGACAGAGGAUGGGCUGUGGCGGCGGCUGAGGCGGCUGCGCAGGUGGGGACGACGACGAGGAGGGGCGGCCUUGGCUAUGGCGAGACGGACGCCCUUGAAGCGCUGGUCGUCGAGGCGGCAAGAAGGAUCGACCACCACCUCAUGGAUGUGAUCCAUCGCCGCUACAGGUUCAGAGAUCACUGCCUGGCCAUCAAGCGCUACCUGCUGCUCGGGCAGGGAGACUUCGUUCAGUACCUGAUGGACAUGGUCGGCCCCGAGCUCUCCGAACCCGCCAACACCAUCAGCUCCUUCCAGCUCGCCGGCCUGCUGGAGAGCGCUAUCAGGGGUUCCAAUGCUCAGUAUGACGACCACGACAUUCUCGACCGGCUGAAGGUGAAGAUGAUGGAGCACGGCGAUGGAGAUCAGGGCUGGGACGUCUUCUCCCUGGAGUACGACGCCCGAGUCCCUCUCGACACCGUGUUCACAGCCUCCGUCAUGCGGCGGUACCUCAGAGUCUUCAAUUUCCUGCUGAAGCUCCGAAGGGUCGAGCACGCCCUGAUCGCGGUGUGGAAGACGAUGAAGCCCAAUCGCAUCAUACAGCACCUCCUCGUGAAGGAAGAUUCAGCGGUGAAGUCGCAGUUCGUGUCGGUGCUCCGGCGGUGCCAGGUGCUCAGGAACGAGAUGAACCAUUUCGUCACCAAUUUGCAGUACUACAUCAUGUUCGAAGUUCUUGAAGUCUCUUGGGCCCAUUUCUCGGAGGAGAUGGACGGUUCCAAGGAUCUGGACGAUCUUCUCGCUGCCCACGAGAAGUACCUCGGCGCCAUCCUGGAGAAGUCCCUCCUCGGGGAGAAGUCCAAGGAGAUCAACAGGACCCUCUUCGCCUUGCUCGACAUCAUCUUGAAGUUCCGCAGCAGCGCUGACCGGUGGUUCGAAGGCAUCUAUGAGUUGCAGCCGAGGUCAACCCAGCUCGCUCUCUCUCUCUCUCUCUCUCUCUCUCUCUCUCUCUCUCUCUCUCUCGCUCGCUGGCUGAAGACCAGGAAUGUGUGUUUUGCUCAGGGGUAAGAGGAAAUCAGAGCAGAAAUUGAAGGAUCGCCCUUCUAAGAACAGCUCCAGGAUAGAAGGCGGGAGGAAGGGGAUGAUACAGCGGGCAGGGGUGUUUCUUCAGAGAAUGGGAGAGGACCUGGACGCAAUCGCAAAGGAGUAUUCCUCUUCGCUCAAGUGUUUCAUCUCUCAGUUGCCUGUGCAGCAACACGUUGACCUCAAGUUCCUUCUCUUCCGCUUGGACUUCACCGAAUACUACAGCUGCCUGUCCCCGUCUUCCAUGAAACAAGCACUAUAA